AUGUCUGACGCCUAUGACUACCUCGAAGAGGGAUUCGACCCCCAUGGCGUGACCGUGCCUCGACUGCGGUCCAUCCUGGUCGCGCACAAUGUGGAUUAUCCUUCUACGGCUAAAAAGGGGCAACUGGUUGAGCUCGUCAACGAACAUGUCCUGUCGCAAGCCCCGAAGCUUCGAGCGCAAAGGGCCAGGGCCAAGCGUUCGAGCCUUGGCUUCAUCAACGUUGGCAGCGUGGACGAUUCGAAUGAGUGGCAUGAUGAUGCCCCCACUCCUCGCUCCAGACAGUCGUCUUAUCGCAGGUCCAUGUCCCCCAGGAAAAGCUCCGCGCCAGUCAAGGCCGAGCCUGAAGAAGACCCGGAACCAAAUGCUCUACGAAGCCCUCGCAAAAGGAGCUCCCGUUCUGCCAGUCGACAGCUCUCUCACGGCGGCGAUGACCAUGUUGGCCCUGGAUCCGUUUCUUCUAGGUCGGCUCGUCGCGUGAGCAGGAGGACUGUGACGCCGCAAAUCAAGGCCGAGUCGGAGCCCGAAGAAGAUGGUUAUCCCACCUACGCAAAUCAUCCCAGCGAUUAUUCCGAUCUGCCACAAGGAGACGACGAACAACAGGAAACAGUUUUUACGGACGACAAUCCUUUCCAAAGCGGGAGCUCGCCUCUCCCGGUGGCUACGCCAAGCUCUCGGCGACGAACUUUGGGCGAAGACGUCAAGAGCUCGCGAUCUACCAGGAGGCAAACCAAUGGUAUUUUCGAAAAGCCCAAGAAAUCAAGACACUCCGAAAUGUCGUCUCAAAGGCUGCGGCAUAGAACCCCAAACUCGGCCCUUGAACCAGGAGAAGAAUUCACAGUCGACGAGCAGCUAGAGCUGGAGGAUGCCGUACACAGCGGGGAGGUAGCUUUCACUCCGAGGAAACGUGGCAAGCCGGCUCGCCAAACAAGUCUGUUGACUCCGCUCUUCGUCCUUCUAAUGGCACUCUUCGGUGCUUACGGCGCCUGGUAUCGGCAAGAGAAGCUGGCCGUCGGAUACUGUGGGUUGGGAAGAGCAGCUAAGCCACUUCUGCCGGACGAGGUUGCUGUUCCCGAGGCACUGGAACCUUUGAUCGUACCGCAGUGCGAGCCGUGUCCUCAGAAUGCGUAUUGCUACGAGGGAUUCGUUGCCAAAUGUGGCUCGGGCUUCAUCCGGAAGCCUCACCCCUUGUCGUUCGGUGGACUUGUUCCCCUCCCGCCUACGUGCGAGCCGGAUAGCGAGAAAGAACGACGUGCACAAGCCGUGGCUGACAAGGCCAUCGAGGAGCUGCGAGACCGGCGUGCCAAAUACGAAUGCGGUGUUCUGGUUGAUGCCGCCGGUCACCAAGCGGACUCUCCUGCCGUUGCCGAGAAAGAGCUGAAGGAAGCUGUCGGCAAGAAAAGGAGCAAGAGGCUUAGUGACGAGGAGUUUGAAGACCUUUGGGACAAGGCGAUUGGAAAAGUAACCACGAGAGAAGAAGUCGAGGUUGAAGUAGAAACCGCCAAAUCGCCCGAUUCCUCCAGUCUUCCAGUCAGAAAGCUUUCGUCAACCUCUCUCGCUCGACUUCCGUUCUCAUGCGCCAUCAAGAGAUCUAUCUGGCUUGGACUGGCAAGAUAUCGAUUCGCAAUUGGACUUUUGAUGUGCCUUGCGCUCGGCAGCGUCUACAUUCGUGCGCGGUACCGCCGCCACAUCGCGACAUCCGCGCAAGUGCCAGCGCUAGUCGACCUGGUGCUAGGUCGGUUGGCCAACCAAAAGGAGCUUGGCGAAGAGGGCCUUGACGAACCGUGGUUAUUUCUGCCGAAUCUGAGAGAUGACGUCCUGCGGCAUCUUCACUCGCUGUCUGAGCGGGAGAGAAUCUGGCUGCGGGUCAAGGCUGUCGUGGAGCUGAACAGUAACGUCCGCGCAAGUCAGCGGGAAGGCCGGAGCGGAGAGGUUGGCCGUGCCUGGGAAUGGAUCGGGCCUACGCAAGGAGACGCUGCCAGGAGGCGACGUAGUGGCAAGGCUUCGUGGGUGACGGAGCCCAAGGAGGAGACGCCAGACGUGAGGGAGACGCCCGAGUCGAGAAAAUGGGAAGAGUCGCGGCCAAUUUAUUAA